AUGAGUGUGAUAGGCAAGGGGAAAGACUUCGAUGUCCUCAAGGCACCUAUCAUCUAUCCUGAUCUGAAGGUCAGUGCAAAGAAGGUAUUUGGUAAUUGGUUCAUGAUUGCGAAGUUUAUCAAGGUUGCAGUGGGCGGCAAGAUGUCAAUCUAUUCAAAGUCAGGAUGUGGCGGAGGUCCGAGCCCCUACUAUAAGAUGUGGCACCUGAAGGCUUGCACACCUGGCUUAAUUGCAUGUAGCGUAACUUCGAUGAUCUUUUUGCUGUCUCCCGAUCAGCAAUUCCCAGGUUCAGGUGUCGGUGCCACCUCAUCAAUCUCUUACUCCGCUGUCUUUCGAACUGUCAAGCGGUUUUUUGUUGCCCAAUGGGUGCAUCCGCGUGUUCAAGCCAUUGUGAAAAACAUGAAUGACUAUGUUUUUGAAAACAUCGACAAGACUGCUUGUGAUGCAGACAAUGCUCAGGCUACGGGUAUGGAGGAUUGUACUGAUUCGCUACAGCGGGUGAUGGCCAGCUUGGAUGAUGACGACUCAGAUCCAGAUGACAACAAUGCAGCACAGGCAGCACCACCAGCCAGCAUUGGCCCAUCUGGCAUCUAUGAUAGUGCACUGGCGCUGCCCACUGCACCAGCCCUGCCCACUUCACCUCCUGCACCCAGCAUUACCGUUACACCCAGUGUCACCACGUCUGCCACUCAUAUCCCCACAUCCCAGUCCAUACCUGCUGCCAUUUGGAGCAACAAUGGUAGUCAUCCUGGACCGAUAUUGCCUGCACCUCAGACUGCACCUGCUACUGCACCUGCUCCCCGAUCCCGCCCUGCUGCUAUUCAAGUAGCAGUAGCAUCUGUGGAAGGUGUGUCUGGUGAGGGUGAAGGUACGAAGGUCACAGUGCAGAAAAAGGGGAGGAGAAAAGGCAAGGCAGUUGUGGCUAGCACAGAUGUGGCCCCUUGCCGCUCUUCCCGCAAUGGUUUUGCGUAA